UUUUUUCACCGUCACAGCUGCGAAGCCGAAGCUCGUCGUUCAUCCAUCUCACAACGGCGGCGCCUGUUUCACUGCCUGAGUGCUUUGCAUGACGAAAUCAAACAUUAUCGUCCCUGUGGCCCCGUGUUUCGACGUAUCCCUUCCUCUUUCUUCCCAAGCUGAAACUCAAUGGCGCUUAUCUCUCUUCCCCCUCCUGCACCUGUCUGCCGUUCAAUCCGUCAUCAACAUUGCCAAUGGGCCUUCCACUCCGUCCCUUUCAGCCCAUACCUUAUCCUCACUAAGGCACUGUGUUGUAUUGCGACCACUCACCUAGGUAGACAACAUGGAUUGCAUAACAGCAAAUAAACCAUAACCCUCACGUACCUAACGGAGUAGAAAGCUACCAUGUGCAGCUCUACGUAGGUACUCUGCACUACCUUGCAACUGACAAGGCUAUACCCCCAAGCAAAGUACCCCACCCCCACCUCAUCUGCGCACAAACACCACACACCCACGCAACCACAGCACAGCAACCGACUUUUUGCCUGACUCCAACCCAUAGCAACAGCAGCGUCAACAACCACAACCCACAGCCCACAGUAACCCACCACCACCAUGGCCGACGCGGACCUUGAAGAGAUCCGCAAAGCCCGCCUCCAACAGCUCCAGCAACAAUCGCAAUCCCCCUCAGGCGGCAACGCCUCCUCCUCGGACCAAGAAGCCUCGCGCCAGCAGCGCGAAGCCGACCAGCGCGCCUCCAUCCUCCAGCAGAUCCUGACUCCCGAUGCCGCCGACCGCCUGGGCCGCAUCCGCCUCGUCAAGGAGUCGCGCGCCACCGACGUCGAGAACAGGCUCAUCAUGCUCGCCCGCACCAACCAGCUGCGCGCAAAAGUCACAGAGGACCAGCUCAAGGAUCUGCUGGGCGCCGUUGCCGAGCAGCAGGAGAAGGAGGAGAGUCGCAUUGUCGUGAACCGGAGGGGUGGAGGCGGCUGGGACGAUGACGAUGAGCUGGAAGAUCUGCUGAAGGAUGUGUGAGGAAG